AUGAAGACCACUACCACCCUCACCGCCCUCGCCGGCACCUUCACCCUCACCAACGCCCACGGCUACUUCCAAUCCCCCAAAGGCCGCCAGCCCGGCGACGUCUUCAGAUCCGCAUGCGGUGAACACGCCUACAACAUGAUGGCCUCCGACAUCAACGGCAACAUCCAAGGCCUCCAAACCCUAACCGCCAACCAAGCCAACUACAACCCCUCGACCUGCCACCUCUGGAAAUGCAAAGGACUGAAAUACGACGACAACCUCGACAACAUUCAGACGUACACGGCUGGCGAGGAGGUGCCGGUGUACUUUCAGGUUGUGGCGCCGCAUAGUGGUGUCGCCAAUAUCAGUGUAAUCGACCUCCACACAAACACCGUAAUCGGCUCCCCCAUGCAGAAAUGGGAGGAGUACGCCAUGACGAGCACGCCCAUGAAGGCCGAGUGGCAGAAUUUCACGAUUACCAUGCCGACGGAUUUGGGGGGCAAGUGUGCGGCGAAGGGGGCUUGCGCUAUUCAGAUGCAUUGGGAUGCCGCGAGUGUUGAUCAGACUUAUCAGUCGUGUAUUGAUUUCACCAUGGGGGGCUCGAACUCGAGCUCCUCGAAGAGGAGCCAUGCUAGGGACUUUGCUUAG